GCGUUAUUAACGAGUGUAUAAAAGAUCUCCGCCUUCUCAUUACCUCUCAAAACAGAGAGAGAGAGAGAGAGAGAGAGAGGAAGAGAGGGAGUGAGAGAGCUCUCUGGCUGAUCUUUUUUUUUACCCCGAUCAGAUCGAAGAGUUUGCGUCUCGGAGUUCGAACUUCGGUUGCUCCGGCUUAAUAGAUCCAAGCUUCACCACAAUUCGCCGUCGUUGUUUCAUUAUCGACAAGAUCUAUCGAGUCCGUUUGUUUCGGUGAUUUCUUCAGUAAAUCUCGUCGAACUGGAGAAUUAUCUGAAGUCUAAGCUCAAUUUCUCUUCCACAAGCAACGGAGAAGAGAAUCAUCUGUUGAAUUCUCAGAUCUAAGUUGCUAGCUACAGAAUUCUCUAUAAUUUAAAUUUGCGUCCGAGAAAAUCGUGAUAAUUCACCGCGCAUAGAGUUAUUUUGAAAAAAAAUAUCCAAGAACCGUUGAAGUUGUCGUUGUUCAUGGAGCUUCCUCAACCUCGUCCCUUCAAAGCUCAAGGGAGAAAACCAACACAUGAUUUUUUAUCGCUCUGCAGUCAUCCAACUCUCCAGCCAGAUCCAAAGCCUACACCACCACCUUCUUUUCAAGGUAGCCACUUGAAAACCCAUGAUUUUCUACAACCGUUAGACUGCGUUGGUGCUAAGGAAGAGACGAGUAGGGUUGACACAACCAGGAUAGCUUCUGAGAAGUCACCUCCUCCUGCACCGCCUCCAUCUGCUCAGCGGUAUGGACCAUCUCCUCAAAACGCUUGUCUUUGCCUGGCUGAACAACACGUUUAGGGAGAUCACCGUCAUCAGUGUCACUGCCACCUGGAAGAUAACGAGAUGCACCACCAGCAGUAUUGGUAUCUUGAACCUCAUCUAACUCUUCCUCGGUGCUACUUCCAUUUUCACUUUCACUUCCAGGCUGGUGAACAAUGUAACACAAUGAAAGUAAGUAAAACCAAACGGGUAAGCCAAUAGACUAAGUUAUCGAAACCUUAGCAAAUAACUUCGAAUUCAACAUCUUUCUUAGGGGGAGAGGUAAAUGUUAGGCAGUGGAAGCAAGGAGAAUCUACAUUCCACAUAAGACAUUCAAAAACAAGAAUCACAUUAAAAAGAAGCAAUGAAAAUGAACCAUUUUAUCACUCAAUUUCCAAAAUCUGGAUCAACUCAUCAACCAACUUCAGAUUUAGAACAACUCAGAAUACUUUCAUUGAUUCCAAGCUUAUAAACGUGACUCGGCACAAUUGGCUUGCAUAAUACUAUUGAAACGAUGAUGUCUCAAUAACUAGGGGAAAAAAUGGCCAUUAAACGAGAAGCAUGAUCAAAUGAAGAUUACAGAUAUGAAACAAAUUAACUCCAGCAAAAUACAUAUAUUUUUGUCAUAAAACCGAUGAACAAUAGAAAUUUUUCUCAGUUUUUAUACAAACUCUUUGACAUUAGCAUUGAUUCAAAUAUGGAAGCAACUAAUACACCAAUCUUAUUUGAAAUACAUCAAUGCAUUCAAACACACAAGAAAAUAAAAGUGGAUCUGCAUAUGUCUGAAUCUUCCAUAACAUAAGCACAAUCUAAUAAGCAAGAGUGAAUAAUAUAUAUGUAUAUCUUCAAGACAAAAACAUUCUGAAGGCAAAUCAAAGGGUUCAAGAAGCAAGACAGAACAAGAAUGUGAGGAACUCACCUGGAGAAAAAACUAGUUUGAGAACUGCACCAAUUGUAAGAGUUGAUGCAGCCAAUGCUUAAUAAAGAACACGGUUUUAGGGUUAGGUUUUUCUAGAUAUUUAAGGACCUGUUGGUAACUUCACAUCUUGUCUCUAAUUCCAGUUUCCAGUCGUUUUUUUGGGCAACCAGUCGUUUUAAUUUUAAACGCAGCUUUUGGUUUGGUUUGAUAUAUUUUUAUUAGCAUUUUCUACGGACGAUUAAAACUCAGCUGAAGAGUAAAAUUCAUUAAAGGGACAUGAUGUCCUCAACUUUAUAUGAUUUCGUAAUUGAUUAAAAAAUAAUCACACGACAAAAAUAUGGAAACGGAUAAUAAUGAAAAGGUGACUUGUAGAACAAGGCACACACAUAAUAAGAUCAUUCUUCAUUCAAGCCUUUAGUUUCUGCACAC